AUGGUUUAUACGGCGUCCUCUUCGCAUAUCCUCAAUGGCUCCACCUAUAUGAUAAACUAUCGUUUCGAACGCCACUCUGACGCACGCGGCAUUUUUGAUUUUUCCUACGACCUGCAGCUGCUGAAUGCGCCGCCCACUUCUCCGCCGGCAGCCUUGGCCUCGGGUCACGUUAUUCUUCGCGACCAUCUAGGCGCUACACGUCAGUGGUAUGCUGAAAUGGACAUUCCAUCUCAAGAGACUGCUGAGCUUUCUUAUCUCUUCGACGCUCGCGGGCGCCUCCUUCAGGAGUACAUCUCUGGGCUUUAUUUACGGGGAUCUGGGGUCUGGGGUCAUGAGCUUAGCAAAGGGACCAUCUUGCUGGUGACAGAGCUCAGCGUCGGUGAAUCUUACCGUGGACGCGGUAUGGGGACUUGGCUGCUCAACCAUGUCCUGUCGGAACCUUCUGUUGCCCGUCCACCGGCGACUCUGCGCAGGAUGUUGCACUCCCCCCCUGCGAAAUGCGAUUUCGCCAUAGCCUGGCCUGCCGGGAUUGGAGGAGCCGGUAUAUCGCCCGAACAGCACCGCAUGCAAUCAGAGGUGGCCGUUCGCACCUUCCGCGGAGUCGGCUUCAGGCGUAUCGGCCGCUCUCUUUUCUUUGCAAGAUCUUUGAAGGAUCCUUCACAUCCGUCUCUUUCACUGUUAGCGCAGGACGACGCCAGCGAAGUAUCGCAGCCCGAAGCGUCGCGCCCUCUCCCUGCAUUGUCACCAUUCCUGUGCACGCUCGUGCAAUCGGACUGGUCUGAGAUUGGGAGACGCCUGCCAUUGCACUCUAUGAUAGUCUCGGACAACUGUAGUGACAGUCGCAUUGUAGAUGCCAUAUCCCGGCUUUCCACCCCUGCCGAGCUCGCGCAUGUCUGCGUUGCCGAUCCCACCGCCAUGAACGCAACCCCGCUCCACCUCGCUGCAAUGACAAGCAGAGCGUCGGUUGUACAGAAGUUACUGACAACGAGUGCUCGCGGCAAUGUCUUCGCAGCGACAGCGCAUGGACGCACGCCACUAGACUGUCUGCAGCGAAAAAUGCGUGAGGAGAAGGCGUUUGCGUCGACUGUGAGGAUGCAGAGCUGGUCUGGUCAUUCUGCUGCCAGUAUUGAGACGCAGGCCGCACUCAUGGCCGUGAUGGGGAGGCCGGCUCCUAGUGAGAACGCUGCAAGAUGGGGUUGUACCUGUGGAGAAUGUGUCUUGGGCUGGUUUUCCCCCGCCAUGUUCUACCAAAUACACAGUGAGCCUAUCUUCGUAUCCAUCCCGAUUUUCACGCCAACAACUAUAGUCCAAGCCGAACUCGCCGCGGAUAUGCAGCGAGACUCUCUUGAUUCUACGGAGGCCGACGAGACCCGGGGUCGUACACGGUUGUACAAGUCACCGACCUUGGACUACAUUCAUUUUAUGAAGUACAUACCCGCGUCUAUUUGUGCGCAGGGCGUACACGCCACAUUUAUCAAAGGAUACGGAGCGGUCCUACGUGCAAUCGCAUCUGUCACAAAGCAGAACCGGAUACCUACAGUUCAACUUAUCUCGAGCCAGGCCCUCCAGAGUAGGCACGACCCCUUCGCCGCACGCGCCGCGGAUUUCUUUUUUCAAAAGGGCGGCACAGUUGAGCAAGCCUUGAAUGGUGUUCUGCACGCUGCAUCCGAACAGGGACCCGGAGGUGACGGGCCGUUUCUUGAGAUGGCGGACCUUGCAGAUGACUUGUUGGCCUUACCGCAGUGCGAGAACGACGAAGAUUAUGCUCUUCUCCGCGCGAAUCUGGGCAUACCGGCUGACUUGCAGGGGCCUGUCAGCUCUGCAUGGUCUGAUGAUUUUAUGCACGCGGACGAUUUCGAUGAUGCAAUGGACACCAGCUCGUCGGGCGAGGACGAGAGCGAGGAAGGGGACUAUUAG